GCCAUCUGCAUCUUCGCCUCCGCACCUGUCGCGACAUACCUGAUAUCCCUCCUUUAACUCCGCAUUACCUCCUCAGUCGCACGCUCUUACUUCUUUUUUUAUAGCGCCUUCGUAAUAAUGGCCAACUACCUCGCCUCCAUCUUCGGAACCGAGCAAGACAAAGUCAACUGCUCUUUUUACUACAAGAUCGGCGCCUGCAGACACGGUGACCGCUGCUCGCGCAAACAUGUCAAGCCCUCAUACUCGCAGACGAUCCUCAUGCCGAACAUGUACCAAAAUCCCGCGUACGACCCCAAGAGCAAGAUGAACCCCAGCCAGCUGCAGAACCACUUCGAUGCCUUCUACGAGGAUGUCUGGUGUGAGAUGUGCAAGUACGGCGAGCUGGAGGAGUUAGUUGUGUGCGAUAACAAUAAUGACCAUCUCAUCGGGAAUGUCUACGCCCGAUUCAAGUACGAAGAAGAUGCACAGGCAGCUUGUGAUACGCUGAACUCCCGAUGGUACGCCGCGCGACCAAUAUAUUGCGAGCUAUCACCGGUUACCGAUUUCCGAGAAGCGUGCUGUCGUCUAAAUAGUGGCGAGGGGUGUGUUCGUGGCGGGUUCUGCAACUUCAUUCACCGGAAAGAUCCCAGCAACGAGCUGGACCGGGAGCUUCGCCUCAGCACGAAGAAGUGGUUGAAGGACCGUGGUCGCGAUGCGCGAAGUGUCAGUCGCAGUCCGAGCCCGGAGCCCACACGGCGGAGAUAUUAGGCUUUGAUGUUUGUUUCAUACGGGGCGUUGGGAAAAUGCUGCUUGUACUUUUAGUUAUGAUAUCAAGCCCUUUCUAGUAAUGGCAUUGCAAUAUCUUCCAUAUCUUCC